GUCUCCUGGCGACCGCGGCACCGGAAGUGUGCUUUUAUGAAGCCGUUAAAAGCCAGUUGACGUCGGCUAGCUAACGUUAGCUGUCAGCCAGGUUCAGUCAUUGUGCAUGAUGGAGGUGACACGCCAAAAUUUUAAAGACAGUUUAAAGACGGUUUACAGUGCGAUAGAAGAGGCUGACUUCCUUGCCAUCGAUGGAGAAUUUUCAGGGAUAAGUGACGGUCCUAAUGUGAGUGCACUUACCAAUGGACUGGACACACCAGAGGAGAGAUACACAAAGCUUAAAAAGCACUCCAUGGACUUUCUGCUGUUCCAGUUCGGCAUAUGCACAUUCACGUACGACCAGGCAAAGUCAAAGUAUAUCAUAAAGCCUUUUAAUUUUUAUGUAUUCCCAAAACCGUUCAACAGGACGUCCCCUGACCUAAAGUUCAUCUGUCAGAGUUCCAGCAUCGACUUCCUGGCCAGUCAGGGGUUUGACUUCAACAAGGUGUUCUGUCAUGGAAUCCCGUACCUAAACAAGGAGGAGGAGGCGCAGCUGAGGGAGCAGACGGAGGAGAGGAGGAACCAACAAGCCAACGGUAUCAAUAAUCAAUCCUUCACCUCCCCGUCCUCCAAAGGCCCAGCACACGUACCUCAGGAACACAAAGACUACAUCAACAGGGUGAUAGCGAAGGUGGAGGGUCUCUUCACGAGCUCAGAGAAGACUUUGGACCUGGAGCCAUGCACUGGGUUUCAGAGAAAGCUGAUCUACCAGACACUGAACUGGAAGUUUCCCAAGGGGCUUCAUGUAGAAACUGUGGAAACAGAAAAGAAGGAACGGUUCAUCCAGGUCUGCAAAGUAGAUGAUGAAGAGAGGAAGAGGAGGGAACAGCAGAAACUGGAGAGGGAGCAGGAGGAGGUAAACGACGCCGUUGGCUUCUCCAGGGUCAUCCACGCCAUCUCCAAAUCUGGUAAACUCGUGGUUGGCCACAACAUGCUGUUAGAUGUGAUGCACACCAUCCAGCAGUUCUACCUCCCUCUGCCAGAGGAUCUUCCAGACUUUAAAGAGGUCACAAUGUGUGUGUUCCCGAGACUCCUGGACACAAAGUUGAUGGCGUCCACUCAGCCGUUUAAGGAGCUGAUCAACAACACAUCUCUGGCAGAGUUGGAGAAGCGAGUGAAAGAAGGCCCCUUCAAGUCCCCACUAGUCGAAACGGCAGAAGGCUUCCACAGCUACGACACGGGCCAGGAGCAGCUCCACGAGGCCGGGUACGACGCCUACAUCACCGGCCUGUGUUUCGUCUCCAUGGCCAACUACCUGGGAUCGUUUCUGACUCCGCCCAAACCACACAUCUCUGCUCGCUCCAAACUAAUCGAUCCUUUCUUCAACAAGCUUUUCUUGAUGAGGAUAAUAGAUAUUCCCUACCUCAACAUCACAGGACCAGAUUUGACGCCUAAAAGAGACCACGUCCUGUAUGUGACCUUCCCUAAAGAAUGGAAGACCAGUGACCUCUACCAGCUCUUCAGUGCCUUUGGGAACAUCCAGGUUUCCUGGAUAGACGACACGUCAGCGUUUGUGUCUCUCAGUCAGACGGAUCAGGUACAGAUAGCAAUGAACACCAGCCGCUACGCAGAGAGCUACAGGAUCCAGACGUACGCAGAGUACAUCAAGGGGAGGCAGAUCAAGGAGAAGGUGGAACAGACACCCAAAAGUUGGGGAGAGGACAGCUGGACCAAACCAAACUACACCCCCGCUACCUCUGCUGGGUUUGGAUACCCCAGGAAGCGCAGCAUCAGCCCCGCUCUGGGCGAGCCGGGGACCGGAGACGCAGCCAUGACGGACGGCUGGAGGGACUACGCCUACCCCGACAGCACGGGCAGCAAGAAGAUGAAGACUGAUGACAAAAGUGGAAACGCAAACGCCAUCGAGAGCAAGACCUCAGAAGGAUGGCUAAAGACGGGAGAUGCAUCAGACUCAGCGGGGUCGAGUCCAAUCCCGGAGGAGGGAGAGGAGGAGCAAGAACAGGAAGAGGAGGGGGAGGAAGAAGGAAGUCCUGAAGGCAACGAUACUGAAGGGACGGUCACCUGGCAACAAGCCCCAACGUCCCAGGGGAAGAAAGGGCAAAAGAACAAGAAAAAGUCUAAAGGGACUGAAUCCUCGACGUCGCUGUUUGACGUCCCAGAGGUGUGGUAGCGAGAGGAGAAGUGAGGAGGUCUCUGUCCCACAUGGAGCUCUGGCUCAGUCUUUCUCAGCACUUGGGUCGCUCUCCUGACACGCUGUUCACCACCAGGAGCUGUUCACCACCAGGAGCUACGCACCCCCCCCCCACAUUAAUUAUUUGACUCGACAGCUGCGGACAGCGUGUCCAAAGCCAGCAGCCGAGCUUCUGACUGGACGAUUGAAGGAGCGAACACAAGCCAUAACCCAACAGCUGCCAUAUUUCCAUCCAUCUUCUACCAGAGGAGCAGGAAACUCUUCUCACUAUAAUCCUAAAAGCUCCAGGAAUGAUCAUUUAUUCAGACUGGACUCUGCCACGCUGUCACUACGAAACCUGUUUUUAACCACAGUCUCCUCCUAUCAGUCUUAUAUUUUGUGAGUUGUGCAUGUGAGGAUUUAAAACACCACCGUCAGGUCCUGUAGUUUACACCGUCUGGGUUAUUUAGUAUUUUAAAGCUGUCCACUAUUUUGUUCCCUUUUUUUUAAAGAAAAAACAAGUUCUGUCAACUACCCCAGUUUUAUUCAAACAUAUAUAAGCUUAUCAAUGUGAUGUGUAUUGUUGGCGGCACUUUGACCUUUGGCAAGAGGUGCUUGUUUUGUACAGAAUUGUUCUUUACCUUUAUUUUUUUGUUUUGUAAACGUGUCAACCUGCAACAAUGUCAAAGUAUGUUCCGGUGUAAACGUUAAUGAGACGUAUACAUUUUUGUAAAACAAAGUUUAAAAGUACUUAAAAUAUUUCCUAAAAAGGGAGAAAAUUAAAGGCUGUUUCUUAGUAA